CACCCAACCAUAAUACUCACAAUCUCCCCUGCCCCCAUUUUCAAAGGUUUCCCUGAUGGCUGCCCCUGGAUCCUCCUCCUUAUGGUGCUACAAAUAUUGUUGCUUGUUCCAUCUCCGCCUCCUAUCCUUCGACGACUUCGUUUUCUGCCCCGAUCGCACUGACAUAUUCAUUGAGGAGUUCAUCACCCUCCCUCAUUCCCCUCAUGUCCACUCUAAUCCUUUCCCUCCAAUCGGCGUCGACACCGCUGCUAUGUAUCUAGAUAUUUCCGCAUACCUCGUCGCUACCUCCACCCUUAGAUAUCGUCGCGGGUCCAGACGGAACGGUGGGGAUCGCUCCCCUUUCAAUCUGGUAAUCGUUCUUCACGGGCCACCCGAUGGCGGUGGGAGGGGUGGAAAUCACGGAGGAUCAUCCACGUAUUUCGAGCUCUAUUACGCAGAUGGUGUCCGGGUUCUGCCCUCUGCCCGCUAGUAUGUCCGAGUUCUUGAUGGGGUCGGUUUUGACCGCCUCCUAGAGAAGUUGACUCAAGUGGAAAUAAAGGAAAUCGGCCGAUGCGAUCGCUUGUCGGCUUCCAAAGCCGCAAUUGAGUCGAUGUCCAUGAAGCCAACAACCAUAGAUCGCUUUACUCAUAGGCGACCAACUCAUGAUCGCUUUUGUUCGAAGCGAUUUACUUUUGAUUGUGUUGGUCACGGCGAUUAAAGUAUAGAUCGCUUU